AUGGGCGGCUCCAACAGAGAAGGUUCGUUUACACACUUUGGCAAGCUAUAUUCCGACAGACAGAGAACUAACCCCUCCAUUACAGGCGGCAAGGUCAAGCCCUUGAAGCAGGCCAAGAAGGCCCAGAAGGACCUCGACGAGGACGAUAUGGCCUACCUCGAGAAGAAGCGCGCCGGUACAUACUCUCGAAUACCAGAAACAUCGCAGACACAGCUGGCUGACUACAAUACAGAUGAGAAGGCUCGCAAGGAGUUGGCUGCCAAGGCCGGAGGCAAGGGCCCUCUCAACACCGGUGGCCAGGGCAUCAAGAAGAGCGGAAAGAAAUAA